GCUGUUUGCACUCGCACAUUUUCAACACUCACCACACGCAACAUCACCGCCCUCACACCGCCAAUCCAGCCAACAUGUGGAUCGUCGAUUGGUUCUGGGACUUGCUGGCCAAUCUCGGCCUGGCCAACAAGCAUGCCAAACUCCUCUUCCUCGGUCUCGACAACGCUGGCAAGACCACCCUCCUCCACAUGCUCAAGAACGACCGCGUAGCCAUCCUCCAGCCCACCCUUCACCCAACCUCCGAAGAACUCAGCAUCGGCAGCUGCCGCUUCACCACCUUCGAUCUCGGCGGCCACCAGCAGGCCCGUCGCUUGUGGAAGGACUACUUUCCCGAAGUCAGCGGAAUCGUGUUCCUCGUGGACGCCAAAGACCCCGAACGCUUCAGCGAGAGCAAAGCCGAGCUGGACGCGCUGCUCAGCAUGGAGGAUCUCGCCAAGACACCUUUCCUCAUCCUGGGCAACAAGAUCGACCAUCCCAACGCCGUCAGCGAGGAUCAACUGCGACAACACCUCGGACUGUACCAGACGACGGGCAAGGGCAAGGUGCCGCUCGAUGGAAUCAGGCCGAUUGAGAUCUUCAUGUGCUCGGUCGUGAUGAGGCAGGGUUACGGCGAUGGUAUUCGCUGGUUGUCGCAGUACGUUUAGAUGAAGAGCAGAUUGAGCGAGCACGGUGAGGCAGAUGCGGACAGGAAGACACUUGAAACGAGAUAUCAUGAGAUACUGAGAAGGGAACAAGGAGAGUGGCAUGGGUAUAAUGGCGCUCGGCGUUCACAGGGACAGC